GAUUCUCUGAUUGGGCAGUGUUUAUUGAACGAAAGUCGUGUAUCAGAUCAACACCGCGACAGCCAUACGUAUAGAAACACGUUCAGCACUCAAGCGUGAUUUCAUUUUCAAGUACGAAAGUUACGGUCUUUACGGUUCUACUUCCCAUCGCAUCAGAGUAAUUCAUCAGUCGUGAGCGAUAUCUCAGCUCGUAAGCAUUUAGUAAGAACCGAAUCUCGGCAUCUUACAAUGGAACUAGAGGAAACAUUCGCAGAGAUUUUAACAAAACACCGCUUGCUUAUCAUACAACAUCUUCAAAUGGAUCGUACAUUUCUGUUUGACUACCUCAUAAGUAAAUCUUCUUUUGACAAGGCUGAUUUUGAGUUGAUUCAAGCCGAAAAGACGAGCGAGUCAAAGGCUGGAAGGUUUUUAGAUAUUCUGGAAUUGAAAGGGCAAAAGGCGUUUUACCAUUUUAUAGACGCCUUGCAGAUUCUCAACCCAAGCCUGUAUGAAAUGGUGACCGGGGAAAGUGCGACAAAAAGUGACAAUCCUAUCUUGUCAGAUGUUAAGAGCCAUAUCAUCAGUGGUGGUGGAUCUACCUUCCUGGACGUAGACAUCCUCAGUAAUUACUCAAAGAUUCUCACUAAGGAGUUACACGACUUAACUCUACGACACGAUCAAGUCCUCAAAGACAACAACGAGCUUAAGAAAAAGCUCGAGGAGGCCUUCUUGGAACAAAACCGGUUGCAACGCAGAAUAAGCCAUCUGGAAAAACAAGUCUCGGCCACAGAGGACGCUUUGGCCAGCGAAGCUCAAUCAGCUGCCAAUAAGACAGGCGAGAAUCUCAUGCAGCGGUUCCAAGCGGUCCAACUCGAGGGGCGAACAAACCAGUUUAUCAUCCAGCUACAGAUGAGGUUGUUAGCAGCGCACGAGGAAAAUGAAACAAUGAGACAGCAACUAAAUGAAAUCAGACAACGAGAAGAUGAAGUGUUGAAGCAGUUGAGUAAAGUCAACCAAGAGUACGCAAUUGAAAGAAAGGAGACAAACAAGCUGUCGCAACAACUACGAUCACAGACAGAGGAGAUGAAGAUGUGCGAAACACUUAAGAUGAAACUACGCGAGGCGCAGUUCGAGGGCGCAAAGUUGCGAUGUGAGCUGCAAGAUAAAGAGAAUGAUCUCAACGAGGUACAACGCUGGACAGAAGCUUUGAAGGCUCGUUUUGAUUUGAUGGUAGCCGAGAAAGAAGAAAUGCUAAAAAGCCAGGUAACCGUGGAUAGCGAAUGCUCGCGCAUGCGCGAUGAGAUUUCUGACCUGAAAAUCAAACUCAAUCAUAAAGAACGCGUCAUGGAGGAACUAAGACAAAACUGCAAAGAGAUUGAAGAUAGUUCCAAGAUUUACAGAGAAGAACGCGAUUUCUAUUCUAAAUCCAUGACAGAUUCCGCCAUAGAGGUAGAUCAGAUGAGGAAAGAGAUGGAAGAAAUCAACCAGCGACACAAGAAAGCUUUGGAGUCGAAGGAAUCGAGUCUCCGACAGCAGACUGAAUACGUGCGACAGUUUGAGAACAAAUAUGACGAAGCCAAGGAUGAACUUGCGUCUGUGAAAACAAUGUUGAAUAAAGAGAAAGCGGAUAAUGAGGAACUGAGGGAGAGGAUCUCCACUUUGGAAGCAGAAUUGUCAAAAAAGGAACUGAGCUCUAGGACUUAUAUCGAAGAAGGAGAUCACAAGGACGUGAGCCAAAUGCCGGACACACAUGAGCAUGAACCGAGUGGGACUGGGGACGACGACGAAGUCUUCUCCGUCACCGCCUGGAAAUUCAAAGAACGCGCAGCCAAGGAACUGGUGGGGAGUAUUCAGAGGCGAUUUCAACCAGAAAAAAAGGUUCCACGGGCCAAGAACAAGGUUAUUCGGAAAAGUAACAGCUUUGACGAGAAAUUAGCCAAACUGGUACCUGAAUUUGAAAGCCUACCACUGAAAACUAGGGAAGACUGUAGCCUUGAUCGUUACAGAAUGAAGCGAUGCCUGCCGUUUGCGCAACUAGCAACAAUGUGUCCGCCAAUGACAGGCAUCGGUGACGCGUUUCCAGACGCACUAAACGCAGCGAUUUCCCUCUCAACCGAUAAUCGAAAGCAUGGAUAUCGCAAGAUGUCUGCCCCUGUAGUAGGCGCAGAUCUUCUCUCUUUUCAUCUCCAGGAUUCAAAUCCAGAGGAAAAAGAUCGCGACGAGAGAGAUGAUGAGAAAGCCAACACAUCCAUGGACAAAGAGAGCAAGAAUAGUUCGCUAGGUCCGAAUUUUCGCGCCCGAUCACGGGCUAUCAGACUCAGAGAGGGCGAGAGAGAACGCAAUCGUCGUCUUACGGAACCAAUUAUGUACCAGACGAGGGCGGAUGACAUGUAACAUAAACCUCUCAAGGCAACGAUCAGAAGCAUUUGUCAUACCUAGUUUAAAAAAUAUGAACAAAGUUUCGACCGCUCCACGGUCAUUUUCAAGUUGGAGUUCAUGAGUAAAUUU